AUGAUGGUUGUUGUUGUUAUUGCGAUGUUAAGUGGAUCAUUGUUGUUCCGCCGCGGCGUUUCAGUUGCUCGACUCCGCCCGAAGGACAACAACCCGCCUUCUUUACAUGCUGGGCUUUGGCUGACAAUGGCCUCCCAACUCGACAAACUUAGUAGUUUGACGCUACGAAACAAAUCGCGCCGACGACCUCAAAUUAGUGCGCCGCAGCCCAUCGCCGGCCCAACCCCGUCAGAAAGGAGACCCUCCGCCGCUCAGCCAGGUGGUGGUGGUGCUACAUCGGAUCUCGUCAAGCGUCGCUACUCUGCUCGAUUCAACCAGGUUCCCGACUCGACUCUUGAUGCUCCUCCAAUACCGAGUCUGCCGCCCGAUCUACAAGUGUUCAAGAAUCGCGAUGGGCCGUCCGCUAUCCCUGGGGGAUUGCAAGCUGGGCCGAGUGUCACGCUAGAGGUCGAUCUAAAAGCAUUAAAAGACCCUUCAUUGCCCGUUGAAAAAUAUGUGACCGGCCUCCUCGCCAAUGCCUCCGAAGAGGAGAUUCGAAACUACCAACAGAGCCUACGUAGGGUCAAAAACCGUACAUCGACGGAUUUGCAACAGAAUGUGUACCAAAACCGGACACAGUUUAUCAAAAUCAGCGAGGAAGCAGAAAAGCUCAAAGGCGAAAUGCGUACCUUGCGUACACUCAUGUCGGAGUUAACCACAACACUGGGCCAGACUCAUGACGCUACUGGAUCGAACCAGUUGUUGGCUGCUGAUGAUCGCGCGUCGAAGCGCAGUAACCGCAGCUCUGUUGCCAACCUGGAAAACAUGUGGAACAUUCAACUGCACACAUUAUGGAAGACAGUUGAAGGAUCCCAAAAGUUUCUACCAGCAAUUCCGGGUAGACACAUAGUCCUGGAAAGCGGCCACUGGGUAGAGCUUGACUCAGCAACGUGGAAACCACGUCGUCCGGUACAUAUUGUCUUGCUCAAUGAUCACCUGUUGGUUGCUGCCAAAAAGCGCAAGCGGAUCGACCCCAAUAGCCCCAGUCAGCAUCGUGGCCCAGCGCCAACCAAGUUGGUGGCGGAAGAAUGUUGGCAGCUUCAAGAUAUCGAUAUGAUUGAUUUGGGCGCAAAUCUUGGAUCGGGUGCUGCGCGCGCCGAAGCGGAGCAUAGGGGUGUGGCUCACGCAAUUAAUAUCCGUGUCGGCUCUCAGUCAUACACCUAUCGAUACGACCAACGCAACAGCACGGCAAAAAAUGAACUUCUGGCGACUUUCCGCAAGACAGUCGAAGAUCUCCGCAAAACGCUUCGGUCUGAAGUUGAGACGUCUGGCAGGGCAGGUGAUGCGUUACGUACUCUUAGCCAACUGGAAGGACACCGUAAAUCUGGGAUAUUCGAUAAUCCCGAGAGCUUUAAAGACAAGGCCGAAGUACGGAUCGAUGUGGACGGUAAACAGCAAAAUCUGCGGUGGGUUGAAGGGCAGAUCGACGAGCUUGAUAUUGACAUUGCUCUACAGCACUUUGAGGAAGCUGUCUCUAGCGUCGAACGACUCAGGAAGCUCGCUCGCGGUCUGAAAGGAAACACAUUCGCCCAAGACGUCAUCAACCAGAAAGUGGACGAACGAGCGACCAAUCUCGCCAGCAUUCUAUCUCGUGCCUUGGUUGACAAGCACUCGUUCCUAGCUGCCACAAAGACGCACGUCGGCUGGCUUGCCCGUCUAGGCUUCGAAGAUCGCGCUCGCGAAGCCUACCUCCGCGCCCGAUCAGAAGUGAUCCACAAACGCGCACGCCAAUGCAUCUUCGAAGGCGACCUUCCACUGUACAUUUUUCAAAUCUCCUUCGUCUACUUCACACUUGUGAAAAACACCAUCAGUAUAUAUCAACAAUGCUUCCCGCCCAUGAUGACUAGCGCCAGUAUCAAAUGGGCAAAGGAGCAUUUGGACCAGUUUAAUGCCAUCCUUGUCAGGCAGUUGAGUAGUGUACAGCGCGGAACGAAGGUUUGGCAGAAAUGCAUGGAUACCCUUGACGAGCAGGCGGCGUUGUUGACGGAGGUUGGAGUCGAUUUUAGUGAUUUAAUUAAGAGGGGUCUUGUUGAGAUGGAGAAUAACGGAUCAGGGGGAGCGGACCUUGGAGAGCCGGGGGAUGCGGAGGGGCAGUGA